UUUUGACCUAAAAUAAUACAAAAUAACUAUAAAAAAGUAGGAAAAAUAUGCUGAAUGAAAAUUCUGCGUCGGAAAGCUAAAUUCGUGUUCAACGGCCCAAAUCGAAUUGGAUGUUAACUUUAUAUAGCAGUUAAUUAGGUGCUUUUUCCGGUGCAUUUUUGAGGUGCUUUUUUUCUUUCUCUGGGAUUCGCUGAAGAGUUAAUAAAUUCUUACCAUUGCAUUCUUCCCAGGGGGUCAUCCUGCCUCCCAAGAAAACUAUGACUCUUGCAUGUCCCGACAUUCCUGCGGUUUUCCAGAUCCUCUUUAAAUACCUCCACCUAGUGUUGAUCGUUUGUUAUUUUAUUGCAGGGGCUUGAGUGUCAUGGAGCAGGGGGGUAAACGCCCCUUCCUCCGACUGGCUAACGGACGCGUGAACAGCAGUGGAACGGAGGAGUCCGGAGCAGAAGUGAUGGUACCGCCCUUGUGCCGCCACGAUUCCAUCAAGAUCUCCAUCGACAACACCAACACUUGCACUGACUCGGUGGUGACGGCACUUGGUGACCCCGUUAACGAUUACAUCACUCCCGACAUCACCUUCAAGAAGGAGGAGACGGAAGGAGACUCGUUGUAUGGGACGCCGAAGGAGGAGCUGGGUCCGGUGAUAGGCGAGGCGAAGGCUGCCUCCUUCAUGCGAAGUCAACUGGAGGCUCUCUUUCAACCUUCCGACAACAAACUCGCGAUGAAACUGUUCGGCAGUAAAAAAGCCCUCAUGAAGGAGAGGAUACGUCAGAAGGCUGCAGGACACUGGGUUAUACAUCCAUGCAGCAAGUUCAGGUUAUACUGGGACUUGUGCAUGUUGUUCUUCCUGGUGGCCAACCUGAUAGUUCUUCCUGUGGCCAUUUCCUUUUUCAACGAUGACCUCUCCACACGGUGGAUAGCCUUCAACUGCCUCUCGGAUACCGUCUUCCUCCUCGACAUCCUCGUCAACUUCAGAACGGGUAUCAUGAAUCAGGAUAAUUCAGAACAGGUGAUCCUAGAUCCAGGAUUAAUUGCCAGGCAUUAUUUGCGAACGUGGUUUUUCCUGGAUUUGUUAAGUUCCAUCCCUUUGGACUAUAUAUUUCUAAUCUUUAAUCAGGAUUAUCAGGAGAAUUAUCAGAUACUACACGCAGGCAGAGCUCUGCGAAUUUUGCGGUUGGCUAAGAUGCUCUCCCUUCUCCGGUUGCUCAGGUUGUCCAGGUUGGUCCGCUACGUCAGUCAGUGGGAAGAAGUUUACUUCCUGAAUAUGGCCAGUGUAUUCAUGAAGAUAUUCAACCUGAUAUGUAUGAUGCUUCUGAUAGGACACUGGAGUGGUUGCCUUCAAUUCCUUGUACCCAUGUUGCAAGGAUUCCCACCCAAUUCUUGGGUUGCCAUCAACGAACUACAGCAUGCCUUCUGGUUGGAGCAGUACUCUUGGGCUUUAUUUAAGGCUAUGUCUCAUAUGCUAUGCAUUGGCUAUGGGAGAUUUCCACCCCAAAGCCUCACAGACAUGUGGCUAACGUUGCUCAGCAUGAUCAGUGGCGCCACCUGUUACGCUCUCUUUCUGGGACACACCACCAACCUCAUACAGUCUCUAGACUCCUCCAGGAGACAGUACAGGGAGAAGCUGAAACAAGUGGAAGAGUACAUGGCUUAUAGGAAAUUGCCGAGACAAUUAAGGCACCGAAUAACUACCUACUUUGAACACAGAUAUCAGGGAAAAUUUUUCAACGAAGAAGAAAUUCUUGGGGAGCUCUCCGAAAGGUUGAGGGAGGAUGUCAUCAACUACAACUGCCGAUCUCUGGUUGCCUCAGUACCUUUCUUCGCGAAUGCGGAUCAGAAUUUUGUGAACGAUGUGGUAACAAAGUUGAGGUACGAAGUGUUCCAGCCAGGAGACGUCAUCAUCAAAGAGGGAACCCUGGGCACCAAGAUGUACUUCAUCCAGGAGGGCAUCGUCGACAUUGUGAUGAGCAACGGUGAAAUAGCUACAAGCCUUUCAGAUGGUUCAUAUUUUGGAGAAAUCUGCCUGCUGACGAACGCAAAGAGAGUGGCUAGUGUCCGAGCGGAGACAUACUGCAACUUGUUCUCUUUGUCUGUCGAGCACUUCAAUGCCGUCCUCAAUGUCUACCCGCUGAUGCGCCGCACCAUGGAGUCCAUUGCUGCCGAGCGUCUCAACAAAAUCGGCAAAAAUCCAAGUAUGGUAUCCAAUCGCGAGGACUUGCAGCACGACUUAAAAGCGGUCAACGCCCUUCUGUUGUCCACUCACGAGCGGGACACAACGGACAGUAGUGACGACAGCGACGAUUUGCCACCUGCCUUCCGUAACAAGAAGCUCAAGAAGCACUCCAUUGCUAUGGCAGUUUCUAAAACGUUGAAGAACGCGUUGCCCAGACCCAAGUCUGAAAGCUGCUUUAAUAACAUGGAUCAGGUGUUCCGCCCGGAACCUAGCUAUCUGCAAAGAUCUGAAACCUUCUACCAAUCCACGAGUCUGGCGCCACCGCCUGAAAGCAGCUGCCAACUGCGACCGUGAACUCUAACCACCGUGCCUCCUAAGCCGUCUCUGAGACUGUUCCAUGGGAUGGUCCAUCGUGAUGUCAGUGUGAGAGUGCCUCACUCGGUUCGCGCCAUUUCGUUUGAUGAGCGCUUUGCAUUUGAGUGAAAACGAUAAAGAAACAAGUUCUAGAAGUGUGUUUUCUUCCGCUUUAUUAAAAGUUCUAAAAAAUACUU